AUGAGAACUUACCGGUACUUCUUUCUGCUCUUUUGGGUUGGUCAGCCCUACCCAACUUUCUCAACUCCAUUAUCUAAGAGGACUAGUGGUUUCCCAGCAAAGAAAAGGGCCCUGGAGCUCUCCGGAAACAGCAAAAAUGAGCUGAACCGUUCCAAAAGGAGCUGGAUGUGGAAUCAGUUCUUUCUCCUGGAGGAAUACACGGGAUCCGAUUACCAGUAUGUGGGCAAGUUACAUUCAGACCAGGAUAGAGGAGAUGGAUCACUUAAAUAUAUCCUUUCAGGAGAUGGAGCAGGAGAUCUCUUCAUUAUCAAUGAAAACACAGGCGACAUACAGGCCACUAAGAGGCUGGACAGGGAAGAAAAGCCCGUUUACAUCCUUCGAGCUCAAGCUAUAAACAGAAGGACCGGGAGACCUGUGGAGCCCGAGUCUGAAUUCAUCAUCAAAAUCCAUGACAUCAACGACAAUGAGCCAAUAUUCACCAAGGAGGUUUACACAGCCACCGUCCCCGAAAUGUCUGACGUCGGUACCUUUGUUGUCCAAGUCACUGCAACUGAUGCUGAUGAUCCAACAUACGGGAACAGUGCUAAAGUUGUCUAUAGUAUUCUACAGGGACAGCCCUAUUUUUCAGUUGAAUCAGAAACAGGUAUCAUCAAGACAGCUUUGCUCAACAUGGACCGAGAAAAUAGGGAACAGUACCAAGUGGUGAUCCAAGCCAAGGACAUGGGCGGCCAGAUGGGAGGAUUAUCUGGGACCACCACAGUGAACAUCACGCUGACAGAUGUCAAUGACAAUCCUCCUCGAUUCCCCCAGACUACUCUCUGGAACACAAUAAUUAAUCUCUUACGUUUUGCAUUCCCAUUUUUCCCUAAUCUCUUGGACUUUGAAAAGAAGAAAGUAUAUACCCUCAAAGUGGAAGCCUCCAAUCCUCACGUCGAGCCACGAUUCCUCUACCUGGGGCCGUUUAAAGAUUCAGCCACGGUCAGAAUUGUGGUGGAGGACGUGGACGAGCCUCCCGUCUUCAGCAAACUGGCCUACGUCCUGCAGAUAAGAGAAGAUGCUCAGAUAAACACCACAAUCGGCUCAGUCGCAGCUCAAGAUCCAGACGCCUCCAGGAAUCCUGUCAAGUAUUCUGUCGAUCGACACACAGAUAUGGACAGAAUAUUCAACAUUGAUUCUGGAAAUGGUUCGAUUUUUACAUCAAAACUUCUUGACCGGGAAACGUUGCUGUGGCACAACAUUACGGUGAUAGCAACAGAGAUCAGUAAGUCCAACCUAAUACUAUCGCUGUCCCAGUCGGCGGAGUCCCAAUUGAUUCAGACCCUGCGUGCGGUUGACAAGGACGACCCCUACAGCGGGCACAAAUUCUCGUUCUCUUUGGCCCCUGAAGCAGCCAGUGGCUCAAACUUUACCAUUCAAGACAACAAAGACAACACAGCGGGAAUCUUAACUCGGAAAAAUGGCUAUAAUAGACACGAGAUGAGCACCUAUCUCCUGCCCGUGGUCAUUUCAGACAACGACUACCCAGUUCAAAGCAGCACUGGGACAGUGACUGUCCGGGUCUGUGCAUGUGACCACCAUGGGAACAUGCAGUCCUGCCAUGCGGAGGCGCUCAUCCACCCCACGGGACUGAGCACAGGGGCUCUGGUUGCCAUCCUUCUGUGCAUCGUGAUCCUACUAGUGACAGUGGUGCUGUUUGCAGCUCUGAGGCGGCAGCGCAAAAAAGAGCCUUUGAUCAUUUCCAAAGAGGACAUCAGAGAUAACAUUGUCAGUUACAACGACGAAGGUGGUGGCGAGGAGGACACCCAGGCCUUUGAUAUCGGCACCCUGAGGAAUCCCGAAGCCAUAGAGGACAGCAAAUUGCGAAGGGACAUUGUGCCCGAAGCUCUUUUUCUACCCCGACGGACUCCAACAGCUCGCGACAACACCGAUGUCAGAGAUUUCAUUAACCAAAGGUUAAAGGAAAAUGACACGGACCCCACCGCGCCGCCCUACGACUCCUUGGCCACCUACGCCUACGAGGGCACCGGCUCGGUGGCGGAGUCCCUGAGCUCGCUGGAGUCGGUGACCACGGAUGGAGAUCAAGACUAUGACUACCUUAGCGACUGGGGCCCUCGAUUCAAAAAGCUUGCGGAUAUGUACGGAGGGGUGGACAGCGACAAAGACUCCUAA